UGUGCCUUUGGUAAAUUCAAAUGUUGCGCGAAGAAAAAAUAAGCAACAAUAUUUGAAUUGCAUACAAUUUUCCGUUCGAUUUUUCGGUUUCGAGUGUGUAUCGGUAUCGCGUGAUGGUGGUGUAGAAGCGAUCUAGAAUGAAAAAAUCGGCACACAUUUCAUUACCUCUUGUGCGUAUAUCUCCAGUUGCUGCUGUUGCUGCUCACAGCCGAUUCCGUGCCCGAUGUUUUACUUUCGGAUUGGCAUGCGGCGUGUGAAAGUGUGUGUAUGUUGCGCCUGUGAAGCAUCAUUAUGAGAUGUGCUGACUUCCAAUCGAGUGUAGUAUGAGUGUGUUAGUGUGUCGUUAUUGACCUGUUCAAUAUCGUUCCGUCGUUCCGGGUAGAACAAUCAGAGCCAACGCGAAACGGCGAUCGGAGCCAAUCGCUACAUCGUGCGAAAAUUUGUGUAUAUUCGGCUUACAUUCCUGUCUGCCAACGAACAAAACACAAAGCAAUACGAAGCACCAACACACUCAUACUACACUCGGUUGGAAAUCGUCACAUCUCAAAUUGAUGCUUCACUCUCCGUCCCGCACUCGAAAGUGAAGCAAAUAAAAUUGAUAUAAAUCUCACAAGUGAACAAAAAAAACAUCCGAAAAGUAAAUUUUGAAAUCAAAAACGUGAAAACAAAAACACUCACAUGGCUGAGGCAGCAACAGCAUUACGAGCAUCUGAGGUGCUUGCAUUAUUGCGAACACCGCAAUAUGUGGCGAUGUUCGCUACAGGAAAUCGGGAUACUUCGCGCAUAUACAAUGUGUUUCGGAAAAUUUAUCGUAUAGAAAACGGUGAAUUCAUUGAACUGAAAGAUUGGUUUCAGUGUUCGUGGUGUGAUACGGUUAUGAACGUAAAGGUCGCUACUGGAAAUGCACAACUUUCCCGACACAUUCCUGGUUGCUUGCAACGUCCAGAAAACUAUGUUUUGCCUGAGCGAAACGAAAAUCGUGCGUCUCGUCAUCCCAACCGCACUCUGAAUGUGCAACAAAUUCCGGCUCCGGCCAACAAUCCGCCUCAAGUGCCAGCUAUCGGCAGCAAUUUGGUUCAAGGAAACACACCUCCACCAAAUGUCAACGCCGGUACUGUGAAUGCGCAACAAGUUCCGGCUCCAGCCAACAAUCCGCCUCAAGUGCCAGCUAUCGGCAGCAAUUUGGUUCAAGGAAACACACCUCCACCAAAUGUCAACGCUGGUACUGUGAAUGUGCAACAGAUCUCAGUCCCAGCCCACUCUCCGGCUCAAGUGCCAGUUGCAGCAACCUGUGGAAUUAUCGAUAAUGCCCAUUUGGCUUCAGUACUUGCACGAAUCAGUGAAAUCGGUGCUCUUUAUGGUUGCCUCUCCUCAGACGAUUUCAUGCAAAUUUUGCCUCCGGAAAAUGGUUUAUGGAACGACGGUUUUUUCGAUCGUGCACGACGAUUGGCUUCGAAACGGCGCGGAAUUUGUGUAGAACCAAGAAUUCUACUCGAGAGAGCUGUGAUUUCAAACCGUGAAACUGUUCAACCAAUAAGCCGAAACACGAUCAAAACAACCGAUGAAACAGUUCAAGCUGGAAAUUUGCCUUCAAAUGCAGCAAAAAAAUCACCGGUGUUAAAAGAUCCACCAACAAAACGCACACGAAAAUCAAGUCCGAAGAGUUCACAUGUUUCGACUUUGCCCCCUGCAAAAAGUUCCGUUGGCAGUCGCGAAUCUGCGAUAAAAGCUAAGGCAGCCAUCAAACAAUUAACCAAAAACCAAUAAGUUAUAGUCCGUCAUUUUUAGAUCCAUUUUGAAAAUUACUUGAUCUCACUUGUGUGAAAUUUUCGAAUAAUAGUUUUUUCUGUGGUUUGUAUCGAUUUUUCACACUCCAAUUGAUUAGUUUAGAUAAUUUCUGUGUUUUGGUUACUGAAAAAAUGUGUGUCAUAUCACAAUCCAAGUCUGAUAAAUAUUUCUAUGUGCGCUUCGUAUUUCAAAGAAAAAAGACAGAAUGGACAACUGUAAUGAAUUCAAUUUAUUUUUGUAAUACACGAACUGUAUUCGAUGACGUGUUUGAUUUGUUAUAACGCAAUUCGUUCUGUGCCGUUCAGAAAAAUAAUAAUUUAAAAUAAAUUAGUACCUUCUGCUGGAGCAAAUCUCGAACCAAAAGCAUUUCAUUUGUUCUAUGUACAACAUCUAAAUUGCUUGGUUUUUUUGUGAGUU